UUGUUCUCGUUGAUAUUCUUUGACAUUCUUGUCCGUUUUCAAAAGAAGACGUGGAUUAUGAUGUUGUAUUGGUAUUUUUUCUGCAUGUUUCUGAUGGCUUUAACGCCUGUAAUCGCCGCUGAAAAAACAAAAGGCAUUAUCAGAGACAAAGAUGAUUUCUCUCUCGCCAACUUUGUCAAGCAUGAACUUUCACGUCUUAACGUCAAUGUUCUAGAGCGCAGUAUGGUAGAGCAUCCCAUGGAAUGUUGGUUUAAGUGUAUGGAUCUUCUAUCUUGCUUCUCUAUCAACACUGCCUCCAGCCCAGACUCGAGCUCCAGGUACUGGUGUGAGUUGCUGGCCACCGAUAAGUACAACGCCUCGGAUAAGUUUGACGACAACGACACCCUAUCACAUCACUUCAGCAUCGCGCAUCCCUGUCAGGUGGCCACCCAAUGUCUCAACGGCGGCAAAUGCAGGGCUAACUACCACGAUAAUACAGCAAGCUGCGUUUGUCUUCAAAAAUACAGCGGAAAUAAUUGCCAAAAAGUUGCUAUUGGUCUGUACAAUCGAUCAAUAAUAUUGGACAGUCAGUUCAGUGCAAGCUCUUUCAGAGACCCAUACGGUUGGCCUAAGGAAGGGCGAUUGUACAACCGAUACGUACAACAUGAAACCUUCGGAUGUUGGCGCCCUCUGUACUUUCAAGCUGGCGAGUAUCUACAGGUGGAUUUGCUGAGUGUCAAAACAAUCACCGGAGUAGCCACACAGGGCUAUCCUUACACUGAUUUUUGGGUGACGCGUUAUGGAAUUACCUACAACAUAGACGGCCUCACCUGGAACAUCUAUCCACACGAAUUUACUGGUAAUUCUGACAAGGACACAGUAGUGUCGCAUGAUCUUCCAAUUAUCAUAGAAGCAAGACUUAUUCGCUUUGUGGUGAAGGCGUGGUAUGAGGCAAUCUUUUUGAGAGCAGAGCUGUACGCAGGAUGAGAAUUGGAAUUGACUCUGUAGCAGCCUGCUCAAACAUAGUGUAGUCACAGUGGUAGUGAAAGUCAUAGUUGCAAUCAUAGUAGUAGUGGUAGUCACAGUGGUAGUGGUAGUCAUAGUGGUAGUGGUAGUCAUAGUGGUAGUGAUAGUCAUAGUAGUAGUAGUAGUCAUAGUGGUAGUAGUAGUCAUAGUGGUAGUAGUAGUCAUACCAGUAGUUAUAUUCAUAGUGGUAGUGGUAGUCAUAGUGGCGGCGGUAGUCAUAUUAGUAGUGGUAGUCAAAGUAGUAAUAAAAUAAUAAAUAAAUUGGAGUAGCUAAUCACUCUCUGGUCAUGGUGGAGGUAAUAGUGGUAGUCAUAGUUGUAGUUGGUAGUGCGCAGCAAUCUACUGAUCUAUUGGUUUCUGGAAGACGAAUCGAAAAAUGUCAAGAAGUUCCGAGGUUCCCAGCUAAGAAACAUGUCUUACAGGAUAGAGCGCGACGAGUGUUACAAGGCUCCUCAAGCCAUCAAACCCACGUACCACGUCCUCGUCUCCGAUGGUGACGACGAAGAAGAAGAGACGCCACCUUUUCCUACCAAUUUGCCCAGGUUCGCCUCUGUCCCUGACCUAUACCCAAUGGAGAUCUCCCUGUCUCCUGACACCGAAGGGAAUUCCUUUCCCGAUGCUGCUGAAAACAGCUCAGUUGUGACGUGCCGCCCUGAGCAUCAAGCGAAUUGUCACACGGGAAAAUAUCGCAGGUUGUCGGGGCUUCCCUACUACUUGCCACGCGGAAAAUUAACGAUAGGUGACGGGUUUUGCUAUUUUUAUAACUUUAUCAUUUUAGACAAUUUGCCGCCAACUUGUGCCGGGAGUUAAUGAUGCGUUUUGUUUAGUUAUGAGUCAACGGGAAUUGGCCCCUCCCCAAUUGUAGGCGGGUCCAUAUUGUUUUCAAGAUACUCGUGAAUCGAAAAUCGAAUGCCUAUUCCCGUUCUGUAUUCAUCAACCUCCGGUAGGAAGUUGGUUUUGACUUCGUGAGCAGGUAACUCUAGGUAUUAUCUAGGGCUAGUGAAUUUUUUUUAUAGCAAGGUUUGGUUUUAAGGAAGCAAGUGCAAAAAUGAUUGAAAUGUUGUCAAUCGUUGUGGUCACGCAUGAAGAUUGUCAUGCGCACUAGCACAGCAAGCAUGUAGAGCGUUACCUCCGAAGUCAACAAUAAUCGUAUAAUCAUUAUGACAUUACAUAGGUCACAGCAAGUCCAACGGUAACUCACUGGCACGCCCACGUUGGAAGGUCGCCCUUCGACAACCCAUUGGCUGAAAAUUUUGUCCAAACGAAACUAAACGAUUUUUGGGGUGUCAGUGAAGGUCUCUCGUUUGGGCUUGCCGUCAUUAGAGAGCAUUCAAAGGGAGUGCGGUACAAUACCUCAAAGAUCAUCAUCUUAAAAUUUACUUGUACACUCUGUGUAAAUCAGUUUUGUAACAGCGAUCAAGUAAACCCGGUACCGUCCCCAAA